AUUACAGCCAACCUCUCCACUAUCACCAAGAUCUCCAAGAUCAGCUUCGAUUUCUCCAAACCCUCGCGGAGAUCUCUACACUACCAGUCAUUUUUCUUCAAAUGAAGGUAAGAAGUCACUUUGAAAUUGAUUAAAACGACUUUUUAUUUAGGAAAGUAUGAAAGAAACGCUCCGCCAAGGGUUUCUUUGAGAACGACUUCCUACACAAAGUCAACUGGACACUUGAAUCAUUCUUCUGGUGAAUUUAUUAUACUCAAUCAAUAGUUCAUUCGACAGCUUCUCAUAAAAUCUUUUCAAAAAACUAUUUUUCGUUCCUUCCAGGCCUUCUGCUGGAAGGUGUUUGUCCUUUUGGCAAGGGAUUUUAGCAUUUUUUCUCGGAUACUAGUUAUUAUUACCAGUUGAGACCAUCAAAACCUUCAAAAACCAUAGAAAUGAGUUAUUUCGAAACAUUCAGCCCUCGUUUCUCGAAAAUUAGGUAGUUUUGCAGGUGAAGUCUUAGAGAAUUUAUAUAGGGAACUUCGAGGAAGAUUCUGGCCGAUUUUCAGAAAAUUCCCCUCCUUGUAGGGAGUAAUAAAUGAUAUUUUUAAGAUCACUCUCCUACUGAUUAUCACAACUUGCGAACUUCUUUGGGAAAGGCCAAAUCAGAGCUCUACGUCAACGACGAAUAUGCUGAAGUUCCGCCGAGACUCGAAGUCGGUCACGUCAAAAACUUGUCCAAGCUUUUCAGGUGGGUUUCAGUAUAA